GGCGCGGAGAUGCCCUCUGGCGGUGUGCGACGUCAGUCUGACAAGAUUGCGAGUUUUCUGCCCCGUGCGCACACGAGGCAGCGCGGCCCUGCGACGUGCUCUCUCGUCUCUACAGUCUCAAAGCACAGACCGGACGCCUCCUCCCCUUCAUCAUCCUCUCCAUCUAUCUCUCCACCCUCGCUUGCCACUUCGAGACUAAGGCUCAUCAGAGUCCCCAGUCACUCCCCCACCUCCUUCUCCACUUCCUUCUCCACCUCCCCCUCACCCUCACUCAUUCAAAACUCGCUCUCUUCGAGACCAGAGACCUAAUCCCCCUCUCUCGUCUCUUGUUCUGUACCCCGGCCUCGGUCCCCGACCGCUUUCUAACCAUAUCGUCGACAUACCCACCCCGCCGUGACCAGCGUCCCAGCACUCCCCCCUCCCCUCCCUCCUCCGUCUCCCCGCUGGUCGCUCCGUUCGCCUUCAUGAGCUCGGACAAGUUCGAGAAGUCGUCCUCGCACGGCCAUGUGAACGUCUUUGACGGCAUCACCUCUGGUCACGAGGAGACUUACUAUGACCCCUCCAAGGAGUCUUGGGCGACGCGCGCCGGCCUCAACCUUGAGUCGUUCAAGCGCGCGCCCGGAAGUACUCGUGGCCUUAUCGCACAUGGUGACAUCCCGCCCGAGCUCCUCGCAUACGACAACCCGAUGCUGCAGCAGAAGAUGCGCCCCCGCCACCUCCAGAUGAUUGCUGUCGGCGGCGCUAUCGGUACUGGUCUCUUCGUCGGCUCCGGUUACGCUCUCUCCGUCGGUGGCCCCGCCGGUAUCCUCCUCGCUUGGGUCAUCAUGGGUAUCAUGGUCUUUUUCCUGGCUCAGGCUCUCGGUGAGCUUGCCAUCGUCUACCCGGUCUCUGGCGGCUUCUUCACUCUCGCAAGCCGUAUGCUGGACCCCGCCGUCGGCUGUGCCCUCGGCUGGAACUACGCUUUCCAGUGGGCCGUCACUCUCCCUCUUGAAAUCACCGUCGCCACCUCGACUGUGAUGUACUGGGAGAACGCAGCCAACAUUCCCUUGGCUGCCUGGUACACCAUCUUCUACAUCAUCAUCAUCAUCGGCGCCCUGUUCGGUACGCUCGGAUAUGCCGAGACCGAGUUCUGGGUAUCUGCCCUCAAGCUGUUCGUCGUAGUCAUGUUCCUCUUCAUCGCCGUCGUCUGCGUGUGCGGUGGCGGCCCUGCCGGAAGUGUCUACGACGAGUACAUCGGCGCCCGGUACUGGUACGAGCCAGGAGCGUUUGCCAACGGCUUCAAGGGCGUGUGCAGCGUGUUCAUCACUGCCGCCUUCUCGUACGCUGGUUCCGAGAUCGUUUCGUUUGCUGCCACUGAGACUCCCAACCCCCGCAAGACCAUGCCCCCCGCCAUCAAGAACAUCUUCUGGCGUAUCAUCAUCGUCUACCUCACUCUCAUUCUUCUCAUCGGUCUCGCCAUCCCUUACGACGAGCCUCUUCUUUCUGAGGGCGAGGGCGCCAACGGCUCUCCCUUCGUCAUUGUCAUGCGCCGUGCCAACAUCGCCGGUCUCGACUCGUUCGUCAACAUCACCAUCGUUCUUGCCGUCCUCGCCAUGGGCAUGUCGUGCAUCUACGGUGGCACUCGCCCCAUCGUCGCCCUCUCUGAGAUGGGCUACGGCCCCAAGUUCCUGACUUACGUCGACAAGUCGGGCCGUCCUCUCUGGGCCGUCGCUCUCCUGGUCGCAUUCGGCCCGAUUGCGUACCUCAACCUCAUCCCCAACGCCGGCUCGGACGUCUUCACCUGGCUCCUGGCUCUUUCGGGUCUCUCGACCCUCUUCACCUGGCUCACCAUUUGCCUUACCCACAUUCGUUUCCGCCGCGCGUGGGCCGUCCAGGGCCACUCCGUUGAGGAGCUCCCUUACCAGGCGUUCGGUGGCGUCUGGGGCUCUUACCUCUCGGCUGUCCUCAUCGUCCUCAUCCUCAUCGCCCAGUUCUACUCAGCCGUCUGGCCCAUCGGCGAAGCGCCAAAGGGCAAGGAGGCCGCCGAGGGCUUCUUCAUGAUUUGGCUGUCGCUCCCCGUCAUCCUCUUCAUGUACGGCGUGAGCUGGGCGUGCAUCCGCACCCGCCCCAAGCGCGCCUGCGACAUUGACCUCGACACUGGCCGCAAGAGCUGGCUCACUGUCGAGGAGAUGCGCCAGUUCCGCGCCGAGCGCGCCGCGAAGCCUUGGUACAAGCGCCUGUAUCGCCUCCUCUUUGCCUAAGUCCAUCACUAGAAGGGUUCACUCCAUCAUCAUUUUAACCAUAUUCCCAUAGUCAUCUACCCAUAUUCCUCUCUUGUUAUCUGGUCUGAGCGCAUUAUGCGCUCGAGGGGCUGAGUGAGAGGAGCUCCUCCUCCACCUACCGAUGCAUCUGCUGGACCCUCUG